CCGAGCCCACUCUACACGUCGCCAACAGCAGCAGCAGCAUCAGCAGCCUGCACACUCCCCCUCCUCCUCAUCCCCGCCAGCUUCCACCACCGACCGCGAUAACACUCGGCUGCCGCACCGUGCACAGUCGACGUCGAAUCGCUCCGCCGCCCCGGCCUCGCCUCGACGGUCAAUGUCCACGUCGCAGGCGCCUUCCUCGUCCGCUGCCCACGCUCGGCCACCCUCAGGAGGCAACGUCGACAAGGCCGCGCGCCAUGACGUGGAGCAGAGCACCGUGAACCAGCCGCAUGCUCCGUCCUCCUCGCGAAGGAGCGAGUCGCACGAACCUGGCAUGAACGGCAGCCGUGCCCAUCCCCCGCGAGGAGAUUCAAUGCGAGCAGCGUCCGGCCACGCGCGGACGCAGUCGCGCUACAAUGAUCAGCCUACACCUGCACCCAGCACCAGCGACGCUCGCUCUGCGCAGCCUGCGACGAACUUGAGGCGGCGCACCACGAUCGACGCGCAGACCGGGCACUGGGAGUUGGGCAAGACUGUGGGAGCUGGCAGCAUGGGCAAAGUGAAACUGGCCAGAAAUAAAGACACUGGGGAGCAAGUUGCUGUGAAAAUCGUGCCUCGGACGAGCCAAGGGGAGGAACAUCGCACACAGCAGGAACGUGAACGGGCAGAGCACAGCAAGGAAAUCCGCACAGCACGAGAGGCUGCCAUAGUGACGCUGGUCGACCAUCCUUAUAUCUGCUACAUGCGUGACGUGGUACGAACGCACUAUCACUGGUACAUGCUAUUCGAGUACGUGAAUGGAGGACAAAUGCUCGACUAUAUCAUUUCCCAUGGCAGACUGAAGGAGAAGCAAGCUCGGAAGUUUGGCAGGCAAAUCGCAAGUGCUUUGGAUUACUGCCACCGAAAUAGCAUUGUGCACCGCGAUCUCAAGAUUGAGAACAUCCUCAUCAGCAAGACGGGCGAUAUCAAGAUCAUCGACUUCGGUCUGUCUAAUCUGUUCAGCCCGAAGAAUACCCUCAAGACUUUUUGCGGCAGCCUAUACUUUGCUGCUCCUGAGCUCCUUCAGGCCAAGCAGUAUACCGGGCCGGAGGUGGACGUAUGGAGCUUCGGGAUUGUGUUGUACGUGCUGGUCUGCGGCAAGGUACCAUUUGACGAUCAAAGCAUGCCCCAGCUGCACGCUAAGAUCAAAAAGGGUGUGGUCGAGUACCCACCUUGGCUGAGUUCUGAGUGUCGACAGCUCAUUGCGCGCAUGUUGACCACCAAUCCGGUCGAACGUGCGACAUUGCAGGAGAUCAUGACCCAUCCAUGGAUGACCAAGGGGUUCAAUGGUCCUCCAGAGAGUCAUUUGCCGGAGAGGAAGCCUCUCACUCUGCCUCUCGAUCCCUCCGUGGUCGACAAGAUGACGGGAUUCGAUUUCGGGGAGGCGGACCUUAUCACUUCUCAACUCACCAAGAUCAUAGAAUCCGAUGAGUAUCAACGGGCCAUACGAAUGCAAGAGAGACGCGCACAGGCGGGGCCUCCAGAAAUCGAUCAGAAGCGUGGGGUUUUCAGCUUCUAUAAACGACGAAGCUCUACCACCAGUCGAGACACCUUGAACACCCCAUCUACAGAAGCAAUUCAGCUUGGAUCUGACCCGCUCAAUGCCUUUCAUCCGCUGAUUUCUAUCUACUACCUGGCCAUGGAAAAGCAAGAGCGUGAAGCCAAGGAGAAGAAUCCUGGCGCGUUGUGGAUGCCACCAGUCCCAGGCGAGAAGCCAUUGGGCAUGGUCGACUUAGCAGCGCCAGCACCUGCCCACGUCAAUUCUUCUGCUUACGAGAUGGCGGGCGAGAAGCCGACUGGAGGCCGAUCGCGUCCUCGCGCACGCACGCAUGGUGAGGACGAGGUUGCGCAAGAUAUGCGUUCUCUCAGUGUCAAUGCUGCCUCCAACCCGCAGCAACCAACCAUCGUAGAGCCAGAAAAGCCGACAUCACACGGGCGGAAGGAAAGCGUAGCUGGAGGUCUAUUGCGAAGAUUCAGCAAGCGGGAUAAGCCAGGGCGCCCAAGCCAUCCGCCCUCCUCACUUGAUAAGUACAACCCGGAGACGCCCCGGAAGAGCUUCAGCAUGCGUCGUGCGCGAGAUCGUAGUCAGAACCGUGAUACCAGUCAGACGCGCGAAGGGACGCGUCCCGAAACGGCCGCCAGCAAGCAGAGUGAACUCCUAAUACCACCUCCUACUGGUGAUGCGGCGAAUGACCGGACGCCACCAGAUUCAAUCUCAUCAAAACGGUCACAUGGAUUAGGACGAUCAGUCAGUGUCAACUCUAGCGACAUCAGGAGACGCUUGACCCGCCGAGGUGUAUCGGAAGGGUCGUCAAAAAGACCACCGCUGAAGUCCACUGGCAGUACAGAGAUGCCAAAAGUAUCUCUUGAUCGGACCAGCAGCAUACGAGAAGCUCAGUCCGAUGUCGAAGGACCGACGAAACCUGCCACCACCUUCGCAAACCGCGCAAGGUCUAUGGGGCACGCUCGUAAGGAAAGUAUGCAGGUGCGGCGUGCUCGUCGUGAACAGGCCCGAACGGGACAAGCGGACGUGCCAGAAGAGACCGACGCAGAGCUACUUGAUGAGGUUGACGCCAAAGAGGAAAGAGGAGGUUCGAGCAUGAAGCCGGUCUACCUGAAAGGCCUGUUCAGUGUCAGCACGACGAGCAGCAAACCCUUGAACUUCAUUCGCACUGACCUGAUACGCGUGCUGCAAGAUCUCGGCGUUGAGUAUCGAGAGGUCAAAGGUGGGUUCUCUUGCAAGCACUCGCCGAGUAUACUGCCCAAGCCGGGACCAGACGAGACGAUACCUUCCGGUGCACAGCCGUUGUCGCCACCACCAGAAUCCCAUCACAAGCGCAAGAUCAGUUUUGGAGGUUUUCGAUCACAAACAGGUGACGAGGCAAAGCCCCCGCGACAGAAGCCUAGCUACGCCAACGGCAACUCAGAUGAGGAUAGCGAAGAAGAUCCCCCUACAAACCAGCCGAGACAGUCCAUGUCGCAAAGAGCCGCCGGCGAGACAAGCACGCACGUGCAAAAUGACCUUGGAGAAGGGCUGGCACUGAAAUUUGAGAUAUUUGUCGUCAAGGUCCCGCUUCUCAGCUUGCAUGGAAUCCAGUUCAAAAAGGUCGACGGAGGUACGUGGCAAUACAAGGCGAUGGCCCAGAAAAUCCUGAAUGAGUUGAGACUGUGAGUGUGGAGGCGUAGAUUGAGCUGGAAACAGCCGGAAUUACGGAGAAAGAGUUCUGUUGGAAGCAGAGCAGCACGAGCAGGUCUUAAGCUGCAGGGCAGGAAGGGUAGGAAAGACAGAGAGCGUUCUUCGCGAUGUGCCCCCGUCUGUGCAUCAAGAAUAGGCUGUCAUUAAUUUGAGUAUGUUGACGCAUUACUUCGCGGAGACGCGGAUAUGGACAUGACGAUGGAUUGUUGGAGUAAGUAUGAGAGGCCAUGGCUAGCGAUGAUGUUGCAAAGACCAGGUACAUGUAGGCAUGCCGCCGAUGUGUGGUGUAGGACGUGGAAGUGCGUGCAGGUGGUCGGAAUCAGUGGCGGACUGAGCACCAGGUGAAGCGGGCUAAUUCGACCUGGAGCAUUGGAACGAUAGAUAGAUGAGCCAAAGCAAAG